UAUUUUCUUUUAUUUGACAGCUGGAUCGGGCACAGCGUCGCAUGGGACUUUAGCCGUAAGGGAUCGCUUUGAGACCCCGAGGCGCCGGGAUCCGAGCUUGGAUUGGCCGGAGGAGGAAGAAGCCGGCUCUCCAUGGCGUCGUCAGCGGCGGUCCGACAGUUGAGAGAUAUCCUCGAGAUCCAGGAGGCUUUACUGGAUAAAAUAAACAUACAGAAAGAGAACUCGGUAAAUAAGGAGGAAUAUGAUGCUAUUGUGAAGAAACUUGAGAAAGAAGAGAAAGAACACGCAGAGACAAAGAAUACCUUAACUAUAACAUCUGAACGCCUGCAGUUUGCCCUAGGAGAGAUUGAUAUUUUAUCAAAACAACUUGAGUGGGAGAAACAAGCAUUUGAAAAGGCACUUUCUCAAGUACACAGUAAAGUGCUAAAACAAUCACUUCAGAAAGACAAACUUAUAAACAAAUGUACAGAAAUUGAAACCCACAUUCAGAAGCAGGAAAAUAUUCUAAGCUGCAAAGAAAAUGAAAUCAAGGAACUGCAUUAUUUUGUCAACAAGCAGAAGCAAAUCUUAAA